AUGAUGACAUUGAGAAAGGAUGGGCUGGUCUUCAGUGUAUUCCAAGGGAAGUUUGGCUUGAUGAAAGUGGGAACCGGUUGAUGCAAUGGCCAAUUGAAGAGGUAGAAAAACUACAUGAUAAACAAAUUAGCAUAACUGGAGAGAAACUGUUUGGUGGAUCAGUUCUUGAAAUUUCAGGUAUCACUGCAUCACAG